CCUGUAUUGACAACAAUGGCAGUGAAGGACAUCUCGAAGCAAACGGUGGAGAUCAACAAUCUGAGAUUCACCUACCCAGGAAUCGACGGCCAACCUCCUCCCGGAUCUACGCCUCUGAUCGACCACUUCUCUCUCGCUCUCAACUCCGGCGACCGCUGCCUCCUCGUCGGAUCCAAUGGCGCAGGGAAAACUACAAUUCUGAAAAUCUUGGGUGGGAAGCACAUGGUAGAACCUCACAUGGUUCGAGUACUUGGAAGAUCGGCUUUUCAUGACACUGCCUUGACAUCUUCUGGUGACCUCUGCUAUCUUGGAGGAGAGUGGAGGCGAGACGUUGCCUUUGCUGGUUUUGAGGUUCCGAUUCAAAUGGAUGUUUCAGCUGAGAAAAUGAUAUUUGGAGUAUCAGGUAUUGAUCCUCAAAGAAGAGCUGAACUAAUCAAGGUUUUAGAUAUUGAUCUAUCAUGGAGACUUCACAAGGUGUCUGAUGGUCAGAGAAGACGGGUGCAAAUCUGUAUGGGUCUCCUCAAGCCAUUCAAAGUUCUUCUUCUAGACGAGAUAACAGUUGAUCUUGAUGUACUGGCCAGGGCCGACCUUCUGAAGUUCCUCAGAAAGGAAUGUGAAGAGCGAGGUGCUACAAUCAUCUAUGCGACGCAUAUAUUUGAUGGUCUGGAGAAUUGGCCAUCCCAUCUUGUGUAUGUGGCUCAUGGGAAAUUACAAUUAGCAAUGCCAAUGGAAAAGGUCAGGGAGAUGAGCAAUUUGUCACUAAUGAGAACAGUGGAGAGUUGGUUAAGGAAGGAAAGAGAUGAGGGGAGGAAAAGAAGGAAAGAACGAAAGGCAGUUGGCCUUCCAGAAUUUGAAAGCCAAGUUGAGGGCAGCCGAGUGGCUGGGGACCCUGCUCGUGCUGCUGUUCGUGCAUUGAACAACGGAUGGGCUGCUGGAAGACUGCACUCCACCAUUGCUGGUGAAGAGAAUUUUUUCUUAAGUUCAAACAGUGUCUUGAGACAAUAAGAAAACUACUGCCCACUAUCCACCCUACACAAAUUGAUGUAUGGGUUAUGGUUUUAUUGACUGGAAUGAGUAUUUUGGCCUGUAAGAAUAAUACCCAAUUCUGAUAUAUAGUUCUUUCUAUCAUGUGUGUUCAA